AAUUUGCGUUUUGGGAUAGGGUUUAGCGGUUAUAGUGUAAAGUUUGGGUUUAAGGAUGAGCGAUUAGGGCUUUUGUGGGGCACGUUUGCGGUUAUAGUUUUUGGAUAGGGUUUGUUGGAUUUGGGUUGAGGAUUAGAGUUGUAGGAUUGUGUGGUGAGGGUUAAAGUCAGGGUACAUAUUGAUGGGUUAGGAUUAAGGGGUAAUGGGGGUCUUGGUUAAGGGUUUAAUGCGUGAGGUGAUUAGGGACAGCGGUAAUUAAAUCUGAGAUUUAAAUCUUUGGGGGACAAUAGCUGACGACUACUACUACGACCCCGCGUGAGCAAAUCGCCGCGAUCCCUUCGUGCACGAUCAGCUGCCGUUCGCCAACGUGACCGCACGUGGGGAAGAAGACGUGACGAAGUGAACGAGGUGAAGAAGGGAGACAUCCUCGGGACAGGUUUGACGGCGGAGACCAUGGCUCGCACGCACAAGCAGCGCGCCAAGAAGUCCAAGCUGAUGAAGGUGAAGAGGCGCACGCGGGACCUGGACCAGGUGCACGCCGACAUGCGGCCCGAGAGCGCCGGUGCCCUGCUGCAUCAGCCGGAGGACCUGGACCUGCCGGGGAACGCUCAGCACUAUUGCCUGCACUGCGCGCGAUAUUUCAUUGACCUACAGACCCUGAAAGUGCAUUUCAAGACUAAAACACACAAGCAAAGGCUCAAGAGGCUGCGGGAGGCGCCUUUCUCUCAGGAGGAGGCCGAGAGAGCUGCUGGCAUGGGCUCGUAUCAGCGGCCUGCCCAGGUGAAGGUGCGGACGCAACCAGUGGAGGAAGAGGAGGCCAUGUGUGCAGAGACCACAGGCCCCACCCCGAAGAAGCAGAGCCGUAGCACUUAACUGUUCUCAAUAAACGUGCAAUGUUGAAGCAAC